AUGACAACAGCUAUUUGUUCAUAUGAAAAUAUUCGUCAAAUAACAUCAUGUACAUUAUGUAAUCGAACAUUUAAAGAUCCUCGAAUAUUACCAUGUGGUCAUACAUUUUGUAUCGAUUGUAUACGAAAUACAAUGAUUGAUACAACUGUUAUGGCAUGUCCUAAUUGUUUAGCUAAACAUACUAUAGUUAAUGUUGAUUUAUUAUCACAAAAUGUUGCUUUAAUGCAAUUAUUACAUAUACGAAAAAUUGAUAUUGUACAAAAUAAACAAUGUGCAAUAUGUAAUGUUCAACCAUCUAUAACAUCUUGUGCACAUUGUUCACGACAAGCAUGUGUUUCUUGUUUGGAAAUUCACCGACAAGAAGUUAUUAGUGAUAUAACACGUGAAACAAUGGAAAUUGAACGAAUGAGUGAUGAUUUAAAAUCAGCACUUAAUCAAACAUCAAAUGAUUUCCGUGAUCAAUGUGAUGAAACAUUUCAACAAGCUAAUAAACGGGUGCGAAAUUAA